CUUGACAUAGAGGUUGCCUUGUCGAGUCAUCGCAGUUGAUCAGUUCAGAACACAUUGAGAGUCCAUCAGCGGUGCUUUUAUUCCGGACACUCACCGGGAUCUGUGGGAAUUUUAUUUUCAAAAGACAUUCUGCGGAUAUUGUGUGGAUACGUAUUAGGAAAUAACGUGUAACUUUUGAGAGCGCGACCGAGAGAGAAAAAACCACCGCGACAUCAGCGGGCGAACUUGGCUUUUCUGUCCGGUGGGAGGUGUGCGUCUAUCGGCUUGCAGCUGCGUGCGCUUCUCGCUGAUAGGAACGCUCUUUUUUUUUUUUUUUUUUAAUUGCGAAAAUCCAAAAUAUGGCCGAACCGUGUUGUUGCUGGCCUGCCAUCAAUCUCUCUGGGCUUUUCGUUAGGGAUCUGUGGUUUUAAUGUGACGCACUGUCGUGACACGCCGUGUGCGCCGUUUUUGCAGCGGACCCCCAGCAGGAAAAGCAGAGGGGAGGCUCGUCUUCAUCAAGUUUGCGGCUGCAGAUGUAACAGAGACAAGAACAAAAUUGGAUCAAGUUGGGCCAUGUUAGGCCAGGCUAGGCCUUCCUAAACGGCUCUACAUUAAGAAGCCCACGAAGGUCACCUCUUGGUUUCACAUCAACUUUCUGUCCGUCAAGCUUUUGGAGUGCAGAACUUUAUUGGCCUUUCCAUGUCUUGGUGGAUGCUCACUGGAUGUUGGCAGCAGAAUGGAUUUGGGUGGUUAUCUCUUGAAGUCCCCAAACUUUGAUCGCCUGUUGAUAUCUCCCUCCCAGGUGUUCAUAGGAAAGCCCCCCACCAUCUCCAGGGGCUUCCCUCAAGAGGGACUGACUGGAACUCUAGGUUCUCUUGUUGAACCAGUUCAGAUCAACGUUAUCUAGAGGAUGCGUAAUUGCGUCCCUCCUUAAUUGACUUGAGUAUUUGAAAGUAGAACAAAAGUCCUCCUUGCUAGUGUCGAUCCAGGUGGAAUAAUGUCGGAAAAUAAAAGCAGCGGUAAGGCGGUGACAUUCAUUGCGCCGGCCCCGCCGUCACCAUCCCUCCAAAACCCCCGCAAGAAUGUGAAUGGCUCUGCUAGUUCAGACACGCAUGUGGUGGAGAAGCUAGAAGGUCACCCGGAAGUCCAACGGCGGAAGCGGCGGCACACGAUGGAACGAGACUCCAAGACGGCGGAGCACCGCUUCUUCCGCCGGAGUGUCAUUUGCGAUUCCACCGCAACAGCCUUGGACCUUCCUAGCAAGGGAGCUGUUAUCCUCCAUUCGCCGCCAGACUGCGCGUGGCCGCCUAACGUGAUCACUCCUCAACCCCUUAGCCCAGGACUCGCAAAGAGAGAUGCCAGAGCAGAUCUCCAGGGGCCCUCCGUAGAAAGCGCCCCGCCUCAGCCUUCUUUAGAGCUUGGCGGAAGCUCUGGAGAUGUGCCAAUCCAAAAAGACAGUAGCAAUGUAGUACAUCGUGAAGAACGGGUAAAAGAGCUCAGCUCGACAGCGCUGGAGAUCACCAACAAAACAGGAGAUAAACCUGUUGACUCCAUGCAGGAUGUUGCAAAAGAUGGAAAAUCAACCGAGGAGAAAGAACGGGAAACGGAGCUGGCCAAAGCGCGCGCUGAGCAGCGGGAGGCCGAGAAGCGGGUGCAGGAGGAUAUUGAAGAGGCGGAGACCAAAGCGGUCGGGACUUCGCCGGAUGGACGCUUCCUGAAGUUCGACAUCGAGAUUGGGAGAGGCUCCUUCAAGACUGUGUACAAGGGGCUCGACACGGACACGACGGUGGAAGUGGCGUGGUGCGAGCUGCAGGACCGGAAGCUGUCUAAGUCAGAACGGCAGCGCUUCAAAGAGGAGGCCGGGAUGCUGAAGGGCCUCCAGCACCCUAACAUCGUCCGCUUUUAUGAUUCAUGGGAGGGGCCGUGCAAGGGGAAGAAGUGCAUCGUCCUGGUCACAGAGCUCAUGACAUCCGGCACACUCAAAACCUACCUGAAGCGUUUCAAGGUGAUGAAGAUCAAGGUACUGCGGUCGUGGUGCCGGCAGAUCCUCAAAGGACUCCACUUCCUGCACACCAGAGCACCGCCGAUCAUUCACCGCGACCUCAAAUGCGACAACAUCUUCAUCACGGGACCCACCGGCUCGGUCAAAAUCGGAGAUUUGGGCUUAGCCACGCUGAAAAGGGCCUCGUUUGCAAAGAGUGUCAUAGGUACUCCUGAGUUCAUGGCUCCAGAAAUGUACGAGGAGAAGUACGACGAGUCCGUCGAUGUUUACGCCUUCGGAAUGUGCAUGCUGGAGAUGGCCACUUCGGAGUACCCCUACUCAGAAUGUCAGAACGCCGCACAGAUUUACCGACGAGUCACCAGCGGAGUGAAGCCUGGAAGUUUUGAUAAGGUGGCCAUUCCAGAAGUGAAAGAAAUCAUCGAGGGUUGCAUCAGGACGAAUAAAGAUGAACGAUACGCCAUCAAGAUAUUGUUGAACCACGCUUUCUUCCAAGAAGACACGGGAGUAAGAGUUGAGCUCGCGGAGGAGGAUGACGGGGAAAUGAUCGCCAUUAAAUUGUGGCUCAGGAUAGAAGACGUCAAGAAGCUUAAAGGAAAAUACAAGGACAACGAAGCCAUCGAGUUCUCCUUCGACCUCAACAAGGACGUUCCCGAAGAUGUGGCUCAGGAAAUGGUUGAGUCUGGGUAUGUGGCCGAGGGCGACCACAAGACCAUGGCCAAAGCCAUCAAGGACCGCGUGUCACUGAUCCGGAGGAAGCGAGAGCAGAGGCAGCUGGUGCGAGAAGAACAAGCAAAGAGGAAACUUGAGACGGAACAAGAGGCACUGAAAGCGGAGGUUGAGGAGACCGAGGCAGAGCAACCUCAUCACUAUCAACAGCGGGGCAUCUCGCACACAACCGAAGGAGGCACUGACAGCGGACAGGGUUCCUCGCUUUUCUCCGGCGACUGCCCGCAGUUGACCAUGUCGUACAGCUGCCCGCCCCCCUCUCAGAGCGCCUACCCGCCCGCGCCAGGCGGCGUCGCUUCCAGCGCGCAGCAGCAGCAGCACCCAGUUUACAGCCAGCCGACGCAGCAGCCAGCACAGCAUUCAAUGGCGCACCCUUACAGUGGAGGAGUGAGCGCCGGAGGAGCAGCAGGGGGGACCGCCCCCCUCCCAACACUGCCAGACCCCCCCAGUAUUUUCUUCCCUCCCAUCCCAGAGCGCCCCGUUUCCUUCUCGCCUCCUCCGACCGGCCCCCCCAAAGCGUACAAUGCGCAGCGGCGCAAGAGCACGUCUAUUCUGGAAGCGCACACCCGACACUUUCAGCCGGCGUAUCCCCGAUACGGGAGCAGCCUGCAUCCCUUCCCCGGCAUGGAGGGUGUAGACACCCCUUCUCUCUUCAUGGUCAAUCCGGCGUUCGCCACGGCGGCUCAGAGACUCGGAGUCGGGGAGCACCUGCAUCUCCCGGGACAAUCGGAGCCCACCUUUUACGGCUAUAAGGACAUGAGGGCGGAACACGAGGAAGUGGUGAGGAGACUGAGUUUAAAUCAAGCGGCCUUACUGGACCAUUACGAAGCCAUGGCGUACGGUGGCUACCCCAUGACCGCGCACCAGCUAGGCCUCUUGAGUUUCCACCAGCAGAGGCAAGCGGCUGCCAGUUUAGGCUACGACUCUGGUCCCCAACCCAGCUACCUGCAUCCUCACCUCAUGCAAAGACUGAGUGCGCACAGUCCAAUCCCUCCACCGGUACAGGCGAUGAACCAAUCUGCUGGUUGUCCCGCUUCUUGUGCAUCCUCUGACGCGCAACACCACGCGUCGCCUUGCACCUACCCCAUGUCAGCGCCGCCAAUUAUGGCCGACCCGCCGCCAGCUACAGGAAGCGUUUUCGAUUACCACUUAGCUGCUGCGGCCGCCGCCGCCGCUAGUGAUCCAAGCCUGCUGGCCUCCAGACUCUACCGAGCCCGUAGGAGCUCCAUGGAUCUCCCCCUAGAGGAAAACACCCCGACAGGCUCCGGUGGGUCUGGCUCAUUCCUUCGACUCCAGCCAGUAACGGAGGAAAUGUUUUCAUAUGUCAGUCCAGAGCUGCCGUUACCACCAGGAAGUCUUCUGCUCCAUCACGCUGGCCUGAGCGCCAAAGACCGAAGUCCAGAACCAUCCAGUGACUCUCUGGCGUCCUCUGACGCCGGAGAGUUCCAGUCUCCUCCUCCCUCAACCCGCCAUUUUGACUCCUCGGCCGCUCAGUCCAUCCCUAGGUCGUCGUCCUCUGUAUUCUGCGAUUCGACCGAAAGCCAGGCGCAUCCGCCCUCCGUGCAGAAUUUUCUCCCUCCGACGUUGGCGUCUGACACACCAGCAUCGGGGGCCCAACAGGAGUCUUUCGUGCCGAGCGCUUGGACUCGCCACGGAGGCGUGGUUCCCUCCCAGCCCGACAUGACCUACCACGAGUCAUUGCUGGCCAUGCAGGCCAAUAACCCCACACUGCAGGCUCAAGUUCCAACUGCCCCAGGCUCCCCGCUGUUAGGCCCAGUGGCCUCCCAGGUGGCCCCUCCAGGGACCCCCCAGCAGUCCGUCGCUUCAUCACUUCAGAGCCCCACGCAUAUCUCUUUGCCGCAGACACAGCCAAGUGUCACAUCCCACACCUGUACCGCAACCCCGACGCAGCCCUCUCCCGUCACCGUGCCGACAGCGGCCGUGGCUUCCCCUCCCUCCCCUCUCCCUGCCCCCACGCCCCUGCCAUUGGUCACCGUGGUGCCAAUCAUCAGUGUAGUCCCCGCCCUGCCCGAUCCCAACACUGAAGCCCCUCCCCAGUCUGUGUCUCAGCCCUCGGACCUAUCCCACCUUCAGUUGCAGCCACCCCUGACCCAAGCAUCCAUUGAGAGUGGCUACUCCGAGGCUUCGGGUCUGAGCGACGGUAAUGAGGGAGGAGGGGGCGGCCGCCACGAAGGUCGCUCCACCAAGCGACACCAAAGGCGGUCCGUUCGGAGCCGGUCGCGGCAUGAAAAGUUCUCCAAGGCCAAACUCAAUGUCCUUAAUAUAUCCAACCGUGGUGACAGAGUAGCAGAGUGCCAACUGGAGACGCACAACAGGAAAAUGGUCACCUUCAGGUUUGAUCUGGAUGGAGAUAACCCGGAGGAGAUCGCCCAAAUCAUGGUCCAGAGCGAGUUCAUCCUGGAGAGCGAGAGGGAGUCGUUCAUCGAGCAGGUGCGGGAGGUGAUUGAGAACGCGGAUGAAAAAGGCCUUGAGAAAAACGCGAGCGGCCAGAUGAUGGGUGACGCAGAUCAACAGAGUCCUACUAUAUCAGCACCCAUGCCAGACACGUCCCCCACCGCAACAGGACAAGUGGUCCAUUCGGCGGGUCGCAGGUUCAUCGUCAGCCCCGUACCCGAGACCAGGCUGAGGGAACUCAGCUUUCCCGCCUCUACUAUACCUUCCCCCGCACCUUCUGUCGACACAGUUCCGACACAAGGUUUGGCCCUGUCGAAAUCAGCAGGAGCGAUCAGCCUUCAACAAGCUUUCUCGGAGCUGCGACAGAACAAGAGCCAAUUGGACCCAGGCCCAAGCACCGCCCCGGCCGCCGUGCACACCGCUCUACCGUUGGCGUCCUCAGUCCAGGCGCAAGUGACCACGUCCGCUCCUGUAGAAGUUUCAACUUGUUCCAACCAGGAGGUCUUGGAUGUUUCUCCUACUUCCUCAUCUGCUGCCAUGAACCAGACCCAAGCAUCCGUUACUACUUCAGCCCCUCCCAUAGUACCCGUAACCAACGUCUCCAACAUCCUCCCGGUCUGCGAAGCCCCCGUCUCUCCCACUUCGUCGACUUCCUUCACCACCUCUUCUGCCCCGCCGUCCUCCUCCAAUGUUGCUUCAGUCCAACCCACUCUGGUGCACUCGCAACCGCAGCUCGCCGCCAUGGCCGGGCAAACGCACGCUCACUGUGGUGAAUGUGACCCGAGGUGUGACACAUCUGUGGAGUGUCCAAGCAAGCUGGAUGAUAUCCAAGCUUUGGAGAAGAAGCUGCGUUUUCUCUUCAUGGAUCUUGGGGGAGGAGCAGUCUCCCCCCAGGGGGACCUGCCGCUAGCUGAAGCCACCACCUCCGUAACCUCGGCAGGGGGAACCUCCUCACCGCUGGGCACCUCUACCGCCUCAAUUGCCCCUAACCAGACGUCCAAUCCUCCUCAGCCCCCCACCACACUGGCGCUGGGCUCACCGACACCUGCGCAAGGCCCUAGCACGCCUAUUUCCACACCUGCACCAGCAGUAAAUUCUGCCACCACCAUUGGCCAGACCACUCCAUCCAAAACCCCCUUAUCCAGGGUGCCGGCCCGUUCUCCUUCUUCAGAACUCCCGCCGUCUCUCCCUGGACUGUCUCUCACUCAGUCCCAGCAGCCUUUGGAGGAUUUGGACGCUCAGUUAAGAAGAACCCUGAGCCCUGAGAAUGUGCCACUUAGCUCACCUGCACAGGCUUCACACGGUCCUGUUCCUUCAGUAGGACAACAAGCAACAGAGGAAGAGCCCUCCUCAGCUGCUGCGCCUCAAGAUGGAAUCACGCGAAGGAGAUUUCAGGUGUCACGGGCCACCGAAGAUCAGAUGAAGCAGCAUCCAGUCUGCACGGAAUCCUCCACCACCACUUUAUCUUCAUCCUCUUCCACCAGCUCUUCGUCCUCUUCUAGUCUCUCCAGCCCGGAGAACACAUUGCACAAGGGCUCCUCACUUCGAGUGGGAGGAGCACAGAGUGGAGAUGUUGUGGACGGACCCCCACAGAGAAGCCUGUGCCCCUCACCCAAGCCCACCACCACCAUCGGACGCUUCCAGGUCAGCACAAAUUCUGAAGCCAGAGUCGGCCGGUUUUCUGUCAGUCCCGCCCCAGAGCUGAGCACGGAACCCGGGCCGAGUCAGCGACCCGCGAACGGGCCGUCCGAGCCGGACAAAGCCUCCCUGCCGAGUCUGAACAGCAGCCACUCGUUGAACAACUCCUACGUGAGCAGUGACAAUGAUUCGGAAUUUGAGGACGAGGAUUUCAAGCGGGAGAUCAACCGCCUUCGAGAAAAACACUUGAGUGAAAUUCAGGCUCUGCACUCACGGCAGAAGGAAGAAAUUGACGGUCUUUUCACUAGGCUGGGAAAGGUUCCUCCAGCCGCGGUACUUCCUCCGGUCAUCGCUUUAGCCGGCAGACGGCGACGGCCCACCAAGACUAAAUCCACCAAAUCGUCCAGAACCAGCUCCUCGCAUGGUAGCAGGAGUCCACUUCAGCCAGGCAGCACUUUGUCAGCACAGUACGUCCCGGCGGCGUCCCCCGAGUCGGCUCGAUUGGCGCCGGGGGGAUUCGCGGGGCGGGGCGACCUCGGCGACGAGCGACUGCUCAAAACGGCGCCCUCCGGCGACAUCCUGUGUUCAGGCUACACCAGCUCGGCGGCGCUCUCGGUGCCCAGCUUGUGCGCUCCCACCCCAGGCUGCGUAAAGUUCAGCUGGGGGUCCGAGCGUUUGGCCUUCAAGCCUGGCGGCAGGAGGACGCGCUUUCUGAGUACGCCCUGCUUGGCUCUUUGGAAGAUGGUGAAAAAAGUCUGCCCCUGCAACCAGCUCUGUAGGACCAACAGCACCAACGCAGUGAGCGGUUCUGGCCCCCUGUGCCAAAGCCAGGGGGGCUCCCAGUGUCUGAACUCGUCAGCCCCUCACCAGCUCAAAGGAAUGUUCACCGACGAUCUCCAUAAACUGGUGGACAACUGGGCCAGGGACAUCACACAGGGUAAAAAAAGCACCAAACCGAUGAAGCAGUCACAAGCACAAGGACAUAGCUAUGAGGCGUUCCAGCCCGCCAACCAUGGCCGGAAAUUUUCUGCCCCGAGCCAGCUAUGCCCGAGCGGCAUCGCCGCGUCCGCCCCCAACCCGACUACCUCUCUCUCCGUACACAAGGGCUCGCCCUGCCCAGCCCGUGGCUCCCCCUCGCCGCCUCUCCCGCACUUCAUCCCGUACAUGCCCGCCCCGCAGUACGGCGCGCAGUGGUCCGGGCCGGCCCAUGGGCUCCCGGCGCCGCACGCGGGGCGCCUGCCGGUCAGCGCUUCUCAACCGCUGGGCCCUUACACCGCCCCCGCGCCAGGUCAGGGGCCUUUGCGCACGUUCACGCACAAGUCCCUCAGCAACCCGGGCGGACCCAACACGAGGACCACGUAGCGGACUGCCGAAAAAGAGCCAAGUUUUGCCAAAGAAGGUGAAACUUUUCGAGCACAACACUGAAGAGCGCCUCCAUUUUGCUCCGAUUCUUGUGGCUCUUCCGACUAAUGUGCAAUGUGUGUAUAAAAAAAUUCCCAAACAGAAGACACAAUUGACAGCCCCCCGUCACGCGACUAAGCAAUAACGUUCGAGACAAAAAAAGUGACCUUCGCAACUUGUAUAGUUUUUAUGUUUUAUGUCCUGAUUCCUACGGUUUAACUCGGUGUUGCGCACACUUACGCCUCGUCGUCGGCUUCUUGAGAUUUCUCCUCGUGAAUGUCGUUAUUAAUGGUUAUUGUUAUAUUUAAAUGUUCGGCACGCCUCGUUUGGGCGGAGCUGUUAUACGCACACAUUUUCGUGUGGUGUGUAAACGCAACACUGUGAUUGUUUCUGUUUGUCAGUAGUCGUGACAACAAUUUGGGGCCGUAAAUUCACUGCUGUCGUCAUUUUACGAGGAAAAAAAAUGCCUUAAGCGACAACAAUUCAGUUACGUUUGACCUCCAAAUGUUUUCAGUCAAAUAUGGAACGCUAGCUACUUUUUUUUCUUACACAGUACUUCGUUACGACACUUUAAAACCUCCCUUUUUGCCCUGUUAGAGAAAUGUGAAUGUACAAAGCAAUUAUUUGAAUUUGCUUUCUAGUGCCUUGCUUCACCUUGCCCCCAAACACUGGAGAGCGCACGGGGACCACGCGACGGCGCCGCCAUUUUUGUCUGAUUUUAAGACUCGGAUUGUAUCGGAAGAAGGCCGUGUUUGUGUUUCCGUGCUUAUUUUUCAUUUACCUCACCCUGGCUCACUCCCACAUUUUCAAAAACGGCCACUUGAGUUUUGUGUAAUUUUAUCUUUCUUUGGGAAUCCUCAAAUUAACUCGCUGCCAUUGACGCCGACUGACGUCCAGAUCGGACGCGUAUCGCUGUCAAUGGCAGUAAGGGUUAAAACAAAAAAAAACAUUCAGACGCUAAAUAUUUCAGUUAUUUAGAAAAAAAUGACACAAAGACUUUACUGUGAAGUUGUACUAGAAGACUUUUACUGUGAAACGUUGGUUAUUAUCGUGAAUGUUCCUGCAUUAAAAGUGGAUGGCAGGCGUAGCUUUUAAUUUGUAUUUAGGGGCAGAUUCUGUCGGCGUCAUCGCAGGAUUUUUGUUUUAAUUUUACCAUAGAAGUGGUCACUUUUGUCCCAAAAAAAAAACAAAACAUCAUGUUGCCAUUUUCUGAUGUCCUCCUGUUGGCUUUUGUUUAAAAAGAUACAACAAUUCUCACUUGUUUCAUCAGCUGUUGAUCGUGUUUAGCAGCACCUAACUCAGUGGUUUUUACAGAAGGAGAUUGGGGCCGGUGAAGAAGAAUUUCGAAAACUAGCCCUAAUCCUCUUUUGUAGGUUUUUCUCUCUUGGUUGAUUGUGAAAAUAAAACAUGUGGAGUCAUCAGCAGCCUUUAACGGUAUGUUUUGCACUAAGUAGAGCGUGUUCAAGCUUCAUAUUAAAACAAAAACAUUUGUUACUUUGUUUGUAAAGACUUAAUAAAUAAAAAGUUUUGAAAUAAUCAAUGUAUUUAAUGUUGUUUUUGCACGGCAGUACCGUUUGUGUCCACAAGACGGCAGUAAAACACUUGCAAGUGAAUCUCUUGCAGAUUACAGUUGCAUUUAAAAUAGUUAUCCCUCACGACAUCGCGCUUCAAACGUUGAGCCCUCAGUCCAUUGCAAAAAUUUUUUUCAAUUCAAGAAAU